GCCACUCUGCACUUUGUGGACACGCUCAUUUUCGCGGGCCUCCUCUACAAUGCAGGUACGUGGCCAGAACUCACGGAAGCUCAGCACGCGCACAUUCAGCACCUGAUCAUCAACAAAUAUCGUCAGGUUUUGAGGGCCCCUCAGAAGGACUCUGAAGCGGACCCCGACAG